GUGAGUAGGGGGUUUUGAUACUGUAUGUGUGGUAGAAAAGAGAAUAUACAGGUGUAUUGUUUACUCUAUGACCUGCCCCUCAGUGUGUGUGUGCUUGUGUGUAUGUGGAUGUGUGGCAUUGUGGGAAUGUUUGCACAGUGAUCCCUUGUUCAACCUGUUUGAAACGUGAGCUGACUCACUCAGCCUCUGUGCAGGUAUAUGUCAGUACAGCCUCGACAGCCACAGAGAACAGAACCUCACAGAGAAAGAAGAUCAACCCAAAAAAGAAAAAAAGGACUAACUCUUUUCAGAAAACUACCAAGGUCCCACCUCUGACGUGGAAAAAAGAAAGAAGACAAACAGUCAAUGCUGGAGUGAGGCAUAAGGAGAGAACUGUGAAAGCAAAAGCUCCAGAAUGUGGAAUGACCCAGUGGAGUUUCCAUCCUGGCGAUAAACCCAUGGGUCUGCCAUUCUGAUGUGGCCUGCUCUGAAGCACUCUGACGUUCAGGAAGUUUCUCUGUUUCUCAGCAUCACAUUUUAUGUGUGGCACCUAGCAGUGGGUGCCAUCUCCAUAGAGUCUCCUCAGAAGAGCCUGACAAGGUCGGUGCAGGACCAUGUGUUUUUCUCUGUGGAUGUUACCUGCCUUGGGAUCCCCACAAUACAAUGGAACUUCAUGUCGGGGGUUGUGAGCCGGGGCAUAGGAAUCUGGCAACCUGGGGUUUUCACCAAUGUGACGGUGGAUUAUAGAGACAGAGUGCACACUUACUCCAAUGGGUCCAUGGGACUGGCCGAUCUGCGUCUGCAGGACGCGGGCUACUAUGUCGUCACGGUGACGGACGCCUCUGGGAGCAGCAAGGAUGCUGGUUUCGUUUUGAAAGUGAAUGAGAUUCUGUAUGAGGAUUUGCAAUACCUGUCAGUCUCCAUCGUGGUGCUGGGAGUCCUGGCUGGCCUCCUCCUGCUCUGCAUGUGGCUCACAGAGAAGGCCUACCGCCACCUCAAGGCACGGAGGCGCAAGGAACAGAUGCCAGAAAACGAUGAAACUGAGCUACAACAUCUCUGAUGGUCUGGAACUGAACCCAGUGUUUUAUGUCCCAAAUUGUUUCUACAUCAGAAAACAGCGGCAAAAGUAUUGACACCGGGAACAAAUUAAGACUUGCAAUGAGAAUCACUUUUUCUGAUAUUCUUUCACUGUACAUACUGUGUUAAGUGCCAUUUCACUGUCUAAAAAUUAAUCAAAUAUACAAAGGGAAACAAAUUAUAUAUUUAUUUUCCAUUUUGAGGUUUCCAAGGUUGUCUUUGCGUUUGUUUUUAUUGUAACUUAAAAAUAUCCAGCUAUAUGAACUGUA